CUGCGGCCUGUGGCGCCGUCACCCGGCAGAACCCAGCUGUUGGCGGGAGGCGCCGCUCGCCUUGCAGUUGCUGCUGCUGUAGGCGCGCCGAGACGGAUCCGGGCUGCGCCGGGGGCCGGCCCACCCUCGCGCCGCCGUCCUUAGUCCCGCGGGCCGCGCGGUUCCGUUAUCAUGUCGGUGGGGCACUGGCUGGCCCAGCUGAUGAACAGUUUGCAGGACCCGCAGAAAGUGGCCCGUUUCCAGCAGCUGUGCGGGGUGGAAGCACUGGCGAGCUGCACAGCCGCGGCCGCCGCCGACCCGAGGGAGGAUGAGAAAGCGGAGGCGCACCUCGCCGGAGAAUCCCGGCGCAGAGAGCGGCAGCCGGGGCAGUCCGGAGGCCCUCCGCCGCCCGGGAGCGACCGCAAUCAGUGCCCGGCCAAGCUGGGCGACGGCGGCGCCCCCAACGGCGUGCGGAACGGGCGGGCGACCGAGGUGGGCCCAGCCUCGCCGCGGCGCGCGGGGCUUCUGCGCCGCAACUCGCUGACGGGCGAGGAGGGCCAGUUGGCCCACGUGAGUAACUGGCCUCUCCACUACCUGUUCUGCUUCGGCACGGAGCUGGGCAACGAACUCUUUUACAUACUGUUCUUCCCCUUCUGGAUCUGGAACCUGGACGCCUUGGUGGGCCGGAGGCUCGUGGUCAUCUGGGUGCUGGUCAUGUACCUGGGCCAGUGCACCAAGGACAUCAUCCGCUGGCCGCGGCCCGCUUCGCCACCCGUGGUCAAGUUGGAGGUUUUCUACAACUCUGAGUACAGCAUGCCCUCCACCCAUGCCAUGUCCGGUACCGCCAUCCCCAUCUCCAUGAUCCUCCUCACCUAUGGCCGCUGGCAGUAUCCUCUCACCUAUGGACUGAUUCUUAUUCCCUGCUGGUGUUCUCUAGUUUGCAUAAGUAGAAUUUACAUGGGAAUGCACUCCAUUCUGGAUGUUAUUGCUGGAUUCCUAUAUACCAUUUUAAUCUUGGUUAUCUUCUAUCCAUUUGUGGAUGUGAUUGACAACUUCAACCAAACUCACAGAUAUGCUCCAUUAAUCAUCAUCGGGCUUCAUUUAGCCUUGGGGAUCUUUUCUUUCACUCUGGACACCUGGAGUACAUCCAGGGGAGACACAGCUGAGAUUCUGGGAAGUGGUGCAGGGAUUGCAUGUGGAUCUCAUUUUACCUAUAAAAUGGGUCUACUCUUAGAUCCUCCUCUGGAUAUAUUACCUUUAGUUAGGCACCCCAUUUCAAUGACUCUGUUUGGAAAAGCCAUAUUGCGGAUAUUCAUAGGGAUGUUAUUUGUACUAGUGGUCAGAGAUAUAAUGAAAAGGAUCACUAUUCCUUUAGCCUGUAAAAUCUUCAGUAUACCUUGUGAUGAUAUUCGAAAAGCAAGACAGCACAUGGAAGUUGAACUUCCUUAUCGGUAUAUUACCUAUGGAAUGGUUGGUUUCUCUAUCACAUUUUUGGUUCCUUACAUAUUUUUCUUUAUUGGUAUCUCUUGAUGGAAAAAUACUGUUUAUGAUAAGAAAGGAGGGUAUCAGUUACUGAUAUCUAAAAACCAUAUUCUAGUUAAAAGCCAAAUCAGAGUUAGGCUUUUGCAGGAAUUUAACUUAAAUAAUUAUUUAAGUAAAUUCUUAAGAGUCAGUGCAUUUUAUCACUGCACAUCCAGUUAUUGUUUUAGGUGAGCUGAGCUAUUACAACAUUGAGAAAAUGAUAAAUACCAUUUGGAAUGUUCAUGUAAUAUUUGGAGAGUUUUGUGGUGUUACAGAUUCAAGUUAUAUAAUAUAUAUUAAGGAACAUAAUAUAAAAUUAUGUAUCUAAUAUAUAUUAUAUAUAAAAUAAUAUACCUAAGUUUUUUUGAACCAUGGGGGUGUAUUAUAAAAUCAAUAAUAAUAUGCAAACAGUUGUGCCUGUGUAUUUGGAUUUAAUACAGGUAUGUUAUUAACUGAUAAAUUUAAUUUUAAUUUACAAUGGGAACCAUUUCCUAAUCUAAUUGUGUAAUUACUAGACCAGAAUUCAUGUUACCACAUGUUAAUUUACUGCCUCUUUUUACACUGCCAUCAUCUUUCAUGUUAUCCAUGAUGUUGAACAUAGGAGGCAUUUUUAAUGGACCAAAUUUUCUGAAAAAUUAGUUUUUGAAUUCCUUUUUUUUUUGUUUUCCAGUUUUGUGCACUGUGUUGAAUGUAUUUUAUUUGCAGUUGUUCUGGACAUUAGUUUAAUGUCAGGUACUGAAUUUUAUUGCUUGCUAAUUGUGCCUUUCUGUUGCGGAAUUAAGAAAUGCCAUGUAUACUGUGAUAUAAAAAUAAGGCUAACUUUAUCUUAAGUUACAUAUAAUCAGACAAAUAUUUUUAAAAAUAUCUGUCAAGCUAACAGGGCUAGAAGUAAACCACCUUCAAUUCUUGAGCCUUUGUUUAGAAAGAAACGUGGAACGGGCUAAAUUUUCUCACUAAUUUAUUGGGAACCUAAAUGGAUAAAUAUUCCAUUUUUAUAGGUAUUUUUCUGUGCAUUGUAAGUUAUAGGAACAAGAUAUAUUUUUUGUACAUUGUCUUGAUCGUUUAUACUACAGGUAGAUAAUUCCAAUGAAUGGAAAUGUAAUUGAACUUUAUAGAUGGGACAAUGCACAUGUUUCAUAUAUAAACAAACCAUUUUUCUAAAUUAUUUGGAAGGGAUUGGAUUUAGCAGUGUUAACUUUUAAUACCCAGUUAGUAGCUACUUAAUGGUAAAUUAUAAAAUUUAAAAGUAUCAGAAUUUUAGAUCUUAUUUUUUUCAACCUUUUAUUAUUUUCACAGUGGAAAAUUUGAGUAUAAAUAUUAAACUAUUCUUUAUUGUGUCCGUGCCUUUAUAUUUUGAAGUGUAAUUGUAAUUAGGUUAACAUUAAAUUUAUUUGUAUUAAGUUUUUCAUAAAGAGAAUUAACUUUCCAUGUAAAUGAGCAUCGGGUAUGGAAUUACUGACUUAGUGCAAUAUCUGUCUGAUUAUCCAGAGAUAUCAACUUAAGAUGUUUCUAUUUUGGGCAACAUAACUAUUUGAGCUCAUAUUUUUAUAACUCAGAUUGAGAAUUUAAAGACAUGGUAAUUUUUGACAAUAGUGCAUCUGAUAAUUGUAAGUAAAGUAACUAAAUUUACAGCCUUUACCUAUUAGUUAACAGAAAACGAAGGCACUUAGAAACAUACUGGUACGUUGGAAAAUGCGCAAAGAACUUUUCUUUCAAAAUGUGUUUACUGAAUUGUAUUUUAGGGACUAUUUCCUAUAAUUUGGGUCUAUGCUAUCUUAUUAAUUUUUAUAUCUAGCUUAAAAGUAUUUGAAAAUAUUCCAUUUCUUUGUGAUUUAUUAUUUUCUGUCCUAUGGUAGUUCCAUGCUAAAUGUAUUUUAAAAUAAAAGCCAAAUUCAAGA